AUGGCCCCUGCUGUGACUGUCGACGUGGUUGAGCCGGCCACCCUUCCUCACAAGGGCAGCGUUGCCAUUAGCAACGACAAGCUCAAUACCAAGACUGCAGAUGAUGUCGCUGAGGGGAAGUGGAAGGACUUUUCCUUCGACGCCAUUCGCGAGUCACAGGUGGCUCGUGCCAUGGCUCGCCGCUACUUCAACGACCUCGACAGGUAUGCCGAAUCAGACAUCGUCAUCGUCGGCGCCGGCUCUUGUGGUCUAAGCACUGCUUACACCUUGGCCAAGGCCCGCCCCGACUUGAAGAUUGCCAUCAUCGAGGCUAGCGUAUCGCCUGGCGGUGGAGCCUGGCUCGGUGGCCAGCUCUUUAGCGCCAUGGUGAUGCGCAAGCCCGCCAACAAAUUUCUAAUCGACAUCGGCGUCCCCUUUGAGGACGAGGGCCCUUACGUCGUCGUUAAGCACGCUGCGCUGUUCACCUCGACGCUCCUAUCCAAGGUGCUCGCCUUCCCCAACGUCAAGCUCUUCAACGCCACAUCGGUCGAGGAUCUCAUCACCCGCCGCGAUGAGAGUGCUCCCGGGGGGGUCCGCAUCGCGGGCGUGGUCACUAAUUGGACGCUCGUUGCUAUGCAUCAUGAGGAUCAGAGUUGCAUGGAUCCGAGUACUAUCAAUGCGCCAGUCAUUAUCAGCACCACGGGCCAUGAUGGGCCUUUCGGUGCGUUCAGUGUCAAGAGGCUGGUUAGUAUGCAGGCACUCGAGAGGCUUGGUGGUAUGCGGGGCUUGGACAUGAACACGGCUGAAGAUGCCAUUGUCAGGGGGACUCGUGAGAUCGUGCCUGGCUUGAUUGUUGGCGGGAUGGAACUGAGUGAAGUUGAUGGCGCCAAUAGGAUGGGUCCAACCUUUGGAGCGAUGGUCCUUUCUGGAAUGAAGGCUGCUGAGGAGGCACUCAGUGUUUUUGAAGAGCGCAAGAAGCAAAAUGCUGCCUAG